GCAGUGCGGAGGGAGUAUGGAGGUCCUGCCAUGUGCCAGAGUGGCCCACAUCGAGCGCACCAAGAAGCCCUACAACAAUGACAUAGAUUACUACGCUAAGCGCAAUGCCCUGCGGGCGGCUGAGGUGUGGAUGGAUGAAUACAAAUCCCAUGUCUACAUGGCCUGGAACAUUCCCAUGAAUAACCCAGGCGUUGAUUUCGGAGAUGUGUCAGAGCGCUUGGCCUUAAGGAAGAGGCUGCAGUGUCGGAGUUUCCGCUGGUACCUUGAACACGUCUACCCAGAGAUGCGCAUAUAUAACAACACGAUCACCUACGGAGAGGUGAGGAACAGCAAGGCCAGUGGAUACUGCCUGGACCAGGGCUCUGAGGACGACGACAAAGCUAUCCUCUACCCCUGCCAUGGCAUGUCCUCCCAGCUGGCCCGCUACUCGACUGAGGGGCUUCUCCAGCUUGGACCCCUGGGGUCGACCACCUUCUUGCCUGACACCAAAUGCCUGGUUGAUGACGGCAGAGGACGCUCUCCCAGUCUGAAAAAAUGUGAUGCAGUUUCAAGAGUUUCCCAGAGGCUGUGGGACUUCACACAGAAUGGUCCGAUCAUCAGCAGGGACACUGGUCGAUGCUUGGAGGUAGAAAUGUCCAAAGAUGCCAACUUUGGCCUUCGCCUGGUGGUCCAGAGAUGCUCUGGUCAGAAGUGGAUGAUACGAAACUGGAUUAAGCAUCCCAGGCACUGAAGCCAGAGAAGAACCUCUGAGACAGCUUGGGCACUGUUUCAAGUUGCAUUUGGAGCUCAAACAGAGAGGAGAGGAGCAGGGACUGCUGGUGCUAGUGAGUUAUAUUUCACACCACAGACUGCACCGCACACACUGAGCUUCCCUCAGGCCACGGAAAGAAGAAUAUGAUCAAUUCUUGUGUUCCACGAAGCUGUGUGUUCACAGAGACCUUACAUCGAGCUGCACUGUUUGAGACGGCCCACGAUCCUGACAUUCAGCCACAUGUAUAGAACAGAGUAAGGAAACACCUGAGUGCCGCCCCUGAAGGUGGUUCAAAGUCCUUGUGAUACUUUUGUUUUUACUGUAAAACUACAGAUGAGAGAGAUAGACAGAGAAAGUGUGUGUGUGUGUCUUUUUUUCUGAGUGCAUCUGAGCAAAUCAAAAGAUGUAAUUGCCGUCCAUUGCCACAUCACAGUGAUUAUUUUGGGCUGUGAUUUGGAAAAUUGCUUUGGACAUAUUGUGCUGCCUUGGCAAGUCAUGUAAGAGGCUUCAGAGGGGCUGCCCAUCAUCAGAUCUGGAGGCGUUUCACCGUCACUCACACAAACCACGACAGUUCUUUGUUUCUUUGGACUGUGUUGCUCACUGCGGACCGGAGCAAUCAUGUGCCUUUUUUCUCAUUUUUCUGCUUCAUCUGACCAGGGAAUGUCAGUCCCCCAAAAAAGCAUGUACAAAUUAUUUGAAAGUUAUUAAUAUAUAAAACAAUGUAUAAAAACAGUCCAAUGACAGUAAUAUAUUGUAAAAAGUGAAAUAUUGAUAUCCG